CACGGGUCUUUUUUUUUUCACAGAUGAGCUUUUCUCACUUCCAGCUGAGCACUUACAUGUUACUUUCUUAGCCUGUGCUGCUAUGUGCAUCCAUUCAAAUUUAGGACUCAGGUUUGCAGCAGAUUUACAUCCAGAUUUGUACAUAAUUUUCUAGAAGCUUUGAAAGAUUGAAACCACAGUGUGGGUGAAUGAAGAGCAUGGAACAGUUUUUUAUUAUUGUGCUACUAGCAGGAGGAACUCAAGCUCUCAUUCCAGUCGAUGAGACCACAUGUGACCUCAGGACGAACACAUGUCCGUGCUCUCCUCUUCUUAAAGGAACUGUGUAUAUCCAAGUGAUGACUGAUGCUAGUGGCCGUGAAGUGACAUGUUUGAAGAUGCUUCCCACCGUGAAUAUAAUUGUGUUCAAUCUGAAGAAAGAAACAAUAACAAUAGACAAAAAAUUUAACAACAGACUACAGUUUCUAAUCAGGAAUGGGACAAUCAAGAUCACAAACCUGAGGAGGAAUGAUUCAGGUCAAUACAGCAUUGAGGUCUUUAAUUCAGGUGGAGUCCGAGAGAAAAACAUUAAUUUCACCCUGGAUGUUAAAGGCAAUGACAAAGCUGAAAGGAAGUUAUCACACAGUUUUCCUUACCUGAGGCUAGUCUUUGCUGCACUGGGAUCUCCCCUGAUAGCAGUGUCAUGCUGUGUUGUGUAUCGGGAACUGAAGCGUCUUAAGAAGAUUUCUAACAAGGCGGCCAGUGAUCAAAAGAGCCUCAGGUGUGAAACAGAGAACAUAAACCUUAAGUCUGAGUCUGAGCUUUAGUGAACUGAACUCACUCGUGAUCAGCACUGGACACUGAACUGAGGAUCAAUGAAAAUGAAAACGGUUAGGAGGUGACUGUGGAAGUUUCAUAUUGUAUCAAAAGCAAUUUAAAAAUGUUAUGCUUGCAGCUUUGUAAUCAUAUUUUGGAGAUCAGAUAAGAAUAUUUAGUCAUGUAUAUUAUCCUGAUUCAAAA